ACAAGGUAUCAACUACUCAGAAAGAAAAAGGGGAAAAGAAAAAAAAAAAGGCAUUAGGGUUUCGGAAAAAUGGCCGAAGAGGGGGAAAACGGCGGCGGUGUGAAAACGGGUACCGUGAAGUGGUUCAAUGAUCAGAAAGGGUUUGGAUUCAUCACUCCCGAUGAUGGGAGUGAGGAUCUGUUCGUUCAUCAGUCUGCGAUUAAAACUGAGGGUUUCCGAAGCCUAGGCGACGGUGAGAAUGUGGAGUUCGAAGUUGAGUACGGUAACGAUGGCCGCGCCAAGGCUGCCAACGUGACUGGACCUGGUGGGGCUUCUGUUCAGGGAAGCACCAGAGGUGGUGGAGGUUAUGGUGGUGGUGGUGGUGGAGGAGGAGGUUAUGGUGGUGGUGGGGGCGGCGGCGGAAGAGGCCGUAGAGAUGGUGGUGGUGGUUACGGGUAUAACGAGGGUGGCGGCGGCGGCUACGGGUACAACGAAGGCGGUGGAAGCCGAGGUGGAAGCCGUGGCGGUGGCGGCUACGGCGGUGGAGGAUACGGCGGAGGAGGAGGUGGUGGUAGUGGUUGUUUCAAGUGUGGUGAGUCUGGACAUAUGGCUAGGGAAUGUCCUCAGGGAGGUGGUGGUGGAGGCGGCGGAAGAUAUGGAGCUGGAGGCGGUGUAGGCGGCGGAGGAAGCUGCUACAACUGCGGUGAAGGUGGUCAUUUUGCCCGUGAAUGCCCAAAUGCCAACCGUUGAACCACUGGGUUUCUUCCAUUAUCUCUAUCCUGCUUUUGCGUCAAGUGCUAUGUUCUUUAGGUUUAUGAACUGGUGAUCCAUGUAAUAGUUGCUUUGUUUUUGUUCUGGUUUUUGGGGUCUUUUUGUCACAUGGUCACCUUCUCUAUCAAUUUAGAUUAGGGUUUUAAUCUUAUUUUGUUGCGCUGCUUGUCUGGUUAAUCAGUAAUCGAAUCGGCUUUAUGUCUGUUUUUCAUUUUUAAAUUUUGCAUAAAUUGUAUACAUGUAUAUGCCUAUACAUGUUACUAUUUAAUGAAUGAACUUUUAUCCAUCUCU